AUGGCGGAAUAUACUCCUCUCAUGCUCGACGAAGACGUCGACACAAAACGUAUUGAGAAGCGAAGCCGUCCUCGUUUGGUCUUUUGUGGCCUCUCCAUUACCAUGUUGACCGUUCUGCUAUCGCUUGCUAUCCACAUCGACGUGCUGUUCGGCCCCCCUGUGCACCAGCAGACCCUUUUGGGGGCCAAAAAUGUGGAAACCCAUUUCGAAAAUGUAACUCCUUCGCCAAACUUACUACAGGGUCACGAAAUUAUGCGGAAGAACCGAUUCAAAUUUCCUCAAAUGGUGUUUCCUGCUUUGUUCAUUCGUGUUAGUGCAGAAGAGCCCAACAAGUUCUAUCGUCCAAGUAGCUCUGUCGUUCUCAGUCAAACUGACUCGAUGAUAUACCGCUGGAAAACGAAGAGCAACUGGCCAACUUGUUACCUCACUGGCUGGGUCUCUCCACGGGCCGAGCUAUCGGCAGGAAACAAGAGCUAUUCUGCAAGAGGAGACAUGACGGCCAUCCAAGUGUGGCUUGUCGAAGCCACACGUUCUCCGAAUCUAGAUCUGUCCAAAAGCGGUGUCUCGUGGAAUACUAAACCACAUCGCAUAUCGCUCCUCGGUACGCUCAAUUUCACUAGCCAUGCCGAUCAGGAAGGUCGCAGUUAUCUCGACGGACAAGAGCUGAAGCCGCCGACCCCGCGCUUUCCCUGCCUCGGACAGACGGAGAUUACAGUCGAGUUGGCAUUCGGGGAUGAUUGUGUUGGGUGCCGGUUGCAGUUCGAGCAGGUAUUCUCGAUGCCUCCGCUUGGCUUUGAAUUGAUGCAAUUGGCUUGA